UUCCAUUACCACAUCGAUCCUUGUAAGAAUCCCUCCCUCUCUCUCUCUCCUCUCUCUCAUAUCUAUAUAUUAUUAUUAUACAGAGAGAUGAGGAGUCGGCAGAGCAAUGGUUGAAUAUUUAUCGGAAAGCAAAAACCAGACCAAUCAGACAACGUUGAACAUUAUCGGAAAAUUGUCCAUCGUCUCAUAAAUUAUUGGUGAACUUCCUUCUCUUAGAGGACUUGAGUUGUUGAGUUUUGGCAGGCUAGAAUGGCCGUUUCCUCUCAAGAAUCAAGUACGGAGAACCCAACUGAUAGUUACCCUUUGCUUAGGGAGGGCCCGGAAAACCAGGAACACGUUAUUGACAUAGAAAGGAGUGGUGAUGCUUCCUCAUCAGGCCCAUCCGAGAAUCAUUCUCCUCAUGGAUUGAGUUUGACUCAUGGUGAAGAUAGACCAUCUAGUAAUGGUGAGGUGCCCAUAACUCAAUCUCCCUCAUCUUCAUCUAAUGGAUUGAAUUCUAGGAGUUUCUCCCACACAAGGAGAGGCGAAGGGCUGGGACGGCGUCAGUGGAGCCCGUUUAAUACUACAUUGUGGAUAUCUGUUGAGCUAGCAUUCGCUCUGGGACAAAUUAUUGCAGCCAUCACUGUUUUAUCUCUAUCAAGACAUGAGAAUCCACAGACUCCUUUGUUUGCUUGGGUUGUGGGUUAUGCAGCUGGGUGUGCUGCCAGCCUGCCGCUGCUUUACUGGCGCUAUCUUCACCGCAAUCAGGGUACUGAGCAAAGGUCAACUCAAUUGCGCGAAAAUUCUUCUCAAGGCAACACUACAUCAGAUCCCAAUUCUUACAUAACUAUCUCAUUAACUAGGUCUUCAGAUGAGGAAGAUAAUCGUAAUACAGUUACAGACACUUCAAAUGGUCAGGCUAUUGGAUCUCCAAAUGCUAGGCUCAGUGCGCUGGUGAACCACUUCAAAGUGGCCUUGGAGUGCUUCUUUGCAGUUUGGUUUGUUGUUGGCAAUGUAUGGAUCUUUGGAGGGAAUACAUCCCUUUCUGAUGCUCCCAAUUUGUAUAGGUUAUGUAUAGUGUUUCUGACCUUUAGUUGUAUUGGAUAUGCUAUGCCUUUCAUUUUAUGUGCGAUGAUAUGCUGCUGCCUGCCGUGUAUUAUUUCAAUCCUGGGUAUUCGUCCCGAUAUGGUUGGAAUGAGAGGAGCCAGUGAUGAGUCUAUUAAUGCUCUGCCAACACACAAGUUUAAGUCGAAGAGGAAUGUAAGUGGCAGCAGUAGAGACAGUGAUUCAGAAGUUGGUGAAGGUGGGUUUGUAGCAGCAGGAACAGAAAAAGAGCGUGCCAUUUCAGGGGAGGAUGCGGUUUGUUGCAUUUGCUUGGCAAGAUACGCAGAUAAUGAUGAGUUGAGGGAGCUUCCUUGCUCCCAUUUUUUUCAUACCGAGUGUGUAGAUAAAUGGCUGAAGAUCAAUGCAUCAUGUCCUCUCUGCAAAUUUGAAAUUGGUGAUAGCAAUGUGAAUUCAUCAUCCACAGCGGACUCUAGUCAGCAAGUGUGAAGGAAAUGAAUAAAAUGGUAGACAAAAACAGUCAAACGUGAUCAGUCGCUGCGAUUACAAAGCUCUUCGUAUUGGAACAACAUCUAUUUGACUGAUUCUGGCCCUAAUUGGCCAUCAAAAUUCGGUUUGUACCGUUGAGUCAACUCAUUGUUCUGUAACAGGUGUGUACAACGUCUGUGUUUUAUUGCUGUUAAAUGAAAUACAAGAUUAUAGGUUGUAAAUCAUAUGUAAUUCGAAUUCUCAAUAAUCAAUCUCUCUCU